CCUUGUCUGGACUCCUGGUGCGAAGCCCGUGAGGCUCACCAAACCUCAUUCUACGUCUACUGAAAAAAAUUCAACCGUCUGAUAUCUCAACCCUGACACCACGAAUGAUAUGAUGUCCCGUCGUCCUCCUCAUGCUUCGCCCUUUCUCCUUUCCACCCCUAGCAUUUGGAAUGGAGCAAAAACCCUAGCGGUGAACCGUAAACCCCUCCACAACUCUUUGUCCCCUCCCACCUCUCCCAUGCGCGAUGCGCCCCCUCCCCUUCUCCUUCUCCUCCUCUUCUUGUUCUUGUUAUUCUAAUACGAAACCGAAGACUCCGUUGUUCCUCCUCCUCUCGCGCGUCUUCUUCUGCUCCCUCCCCAUCCCCAAGCUCAAGAAUCUCUACUACCGCCACCGCGUGCGCGCCCUGGUGGAGGCCCAGAGCGCCCUGACCGACUACCUCCACUCCACCCGCUCCCUCCCCUUCUCCCACGCCGAUCUCAUCGCCUCCAACUCCCCAUUCUCCCUCUCCGCCUUCGUCUCCCAGGUCCCAUUCCCCCCCUCCGCCUCCCCCGCCGACUUCCCCCGCACCCUCCGCCGCUUCCUCUCCUAUCGCCCCGUCAACGAGUUCGAGUUCUUCUUCGAGUCCAUCGGCCUCCCCCCCACCCACCCCGCCGUCCCCUCCCGCGCCCUCUUCCUCUCCGACGACCCACCUCUCCUCGCCGCCGUCUCCGUCCUCGCCCGCUUCGCCUUCCCCUGGACCCGCCUCGGCCUCCUCUACCGCGAGCAGCCCUCCGUCUUCUCCACCCUUCCCGCGGUCCUCCUCGCCCGCCUCCGCGCCCUCGAGGCCCGCGGCCUCCGCCGCCUCUGCGUCAUCGCCGUCUGCCUCGCCUUCCCAUCCGUCCUCGCCCGCGACGCCGACCCCGGCGGCGACGUCGAUCUCCUGCUCGACGAUUUGACGCGCGCCUUCGUGGACUUCGAUCUCGCCGGGCGCACCGUUGCUGGCACAACUCCCGAGGACGACGGCAAUGUCGACGUCUUCCUCCGGAUUUGCAGGAGGAUCCGGGUCUUCUACGACCUCGGCUCUCCGAAAGGUCAGAUGGGAGAGCUGAUUGGCAGGAACUGGAAGGCUUUUCUCGGGCUGGACGAGGCCGCAUUGGCUCAAAAAUUGAAUUUUUUCAUAAGAUUAGGCAUGAAGGGCGAGCAAGCUGGCCCCUUUCUUCUGCAGCACCCUGAAAUUAUGGAUUUUGAUCUGGAGAAUCCGAGCGUUGCCAUGCCGGAGUAUCUGAACUGCAUCGGCCUAGCUAAAGAGGUAGUGGCUUCGCUGUCUCGAAGGUUCCCGUAUGUCAUGGGCAAGAAUAAAUUGGGCAAUUUGCCGGGGUCAAUGAGAGCUAUGGACCUCCACAAGUGCUUCCUUGGCAAGAUUGUUUCAGAGGGAAAUCAACACUACCUCUCGGCGGAUUUUGCUUCUAAUACUGCUUCUUUGAACGAUAGUAAGAUUGAGAGUGAUUUUGUGAAAGAUCUGGAAAGGGUGAAAUCUGUGAGAAAAGAGCAAUUUGUGGAUAAUAAAGUGGAGUUCUUCCUUGGUAUCGGUUUUGGUGAGAACAAGAGCACCACCAGAGCUGCCUCGUUGAUAAACGGCACAAAAGAUCAGUUGCAGGAGCGGUUCGAGUUCCUUCUAGAGAUUGGAAUCGAGUACUCUAUGCUUUGUAGAAUGAUAAACGCAACUCCCAAAUUGCUUAACCAGAGCAAGGAAUCGCUCCGUGAGAAGGUGAAUUACCUAUGUAAUGACUUGAACUGUUCUUUGCAGUACCUCAAUGUCUUCCCAGCUUUUCUUUGCUUUGAUUUGGAGAAUAGGACCAAGCCGAGGUAUAAGAUCCUUAAUUGGCUUAAGGAGCAUGGUUUGCUUAAGAAGCCUUUUUCCCCAGCUACAGUCCUUGCUAACUCUGAGAAGAGGUUCGUGAUCAACCUGUACAGUGUACACCCGGCAGCUCCGAAACAAUGGUUGGAGUGUUUCUCUUCUAGAAGUAACAGUGAUGGUAGUCAAAAAAACUUAUUUUUGCCUCGCCCAGAAUCUCGAGCCAAUUGUUGAAUGAUUUAAAAAAAAAAAUCAAGUCGUUGAAAGCCUUUCAUCUAGCCAUCAGUUGAGCUGCUACAAAUUUUUUGUCUAUCAUAAAGAUUGUACGGAUGAACUAUGGCAAUAGGCGUCACUGAACAAUAGUUUCAGGCUAUAGUUGGUACAUCACAUCACCAAAUUAUCUGUUACUGCAAAAUCUUUUUUAGGACAACAAACUUCAAGGUUGUCAAGAAAAUUCACUUAGGCUGACCUGGAAAGUGUGCUGCCAUCUUCUGUUCCUGACAUGGUUACCUCUUAUGCCAUUGUAACACAGGAAAUAUAUGCCAGAUAUGACAGUCCUAUACUUACUGGCCAUAUUCUGUGUAAAGUGCAUUUGAUUAUAAAGAAACAUAUGUUUUGAUCACCUGUUUUUCUUGUUUGGUGUUCAUUUAUUUCAUCAACUUGGAAGGUUUAUAUCUUUCUGU